CAGACUUCAGUGCGUCAACAUCGUUCGUUCGUUCGUUCGUGUGUGUGUGCAUCAUGGCUCGUACCAAGCAAACCGCUCGCAAAUCUACCGGAGGGAAGGCUCCGCGCAAACAAUUGGCGACGAAGGCGGCGCGUAAGAGUGCACCAGCCACCGGUGGUGUGAAGAAGCCCCAUCGUUACCGUCCCGGCACCGUCGCACUCCGAGAAAUUCGCCGCUACCAGAAGAGCACCGAACUUCUCAUCCGCAAACUGCCGUUCCAACGUCUUGUGCGUGAAAUCGCCCAAGAUUUCAAGACUGAUCUGCGCUUCCAGAGCUCGGCCGUUAUGGCACUACAAGAGGCAAGCGAGGCGUACCUGGUUGGCCUCUUCGAAGACACAAAUUUGUGCGCCAUUCACGCCAAACGUGUAACCAUCAUGCCCAAAGACAUCCAGCUGGCUCGUCGCAUCCGUGGCGAACGCGCUUAAGCGCACAAUACGACCACAAUAACCCACAAAUAAUGACCGGUUCUUUUCAGAACCACAAAAAAAUCGUAUCGAUUUAAAACACGUUAAAUGC